CUCAGCAAUGUAAAGAUCAAAAUCUUCCACCCUCAAAUUACGGUGCCUGUUGGGUACAUAAUUGGAUUACUGAUAUUGAUCCAAAAUUGGUUCCCGGCGAUUAUGAUGUAUGGGUGCAUGUGUACUAUUGUCCGGCUGACUGUAGUAACCAUGAUUGCAGCAUGUAUCUGGGUGGUUUGUAUGAUUGCGAAAAGAGAUACCACGUGUUUAUUGAAGAUUAUAAAUAA